AUGAAUGGCCCAGCCGAGGCGACACUACUCUGUAAUGCCAUCGAGACACCGGAUAAGUUUGCGCCAGAGCGCAUGCGUGCUUCGCAGCAGCUACAGUUUGGAAAUGACUGGAUCGACGAAGAGUUUGUCUCGAAUCAUGUGGUGGGGAUAGUUGCCCUUCGUAAGGUCGUGGAUAAGUAUACUCCCGAUUAUGUGGAAAAGAUUGCUGGCGUCCCUAUGGCACAACUGCAAGAGACUGUGAAAAAUUGUUGGAAUGACUCCUUCUCUGCCGUUUACCACCCUUCAAGGUGUUUAUCAGUCAUAUCAGUUCCACUGCCCGCACCUGCCAGAUCAAUACCAUCAGCCUCCCGCGACAAAAGAUUGGUAAACCUGGUGAUGCCUCACUGGAACAAGCAACUCACAUACAGAACAAGCUUAGUUACAUUGAAGGAUGGGUCAGUUGAGAUGUUCUGGAUUUCUCGGACCAACCCACUUGUUGUGGACCCUCCUGGCGAAACCAAGUCCGACUUGGAGAUCUGGUUUGACUUGGCAAGGAGAACGGAGGUUAAAACAUGGACGGAGAACCGUUGA